AUGAACGGAAAAAUCUACCUUCUGCCUAUUUUUUUCCUGGGACUACAUGUCGUAGCAUCGUACGACAAAAGCAAAAUCGCUGAGACGAAUUACAAUCUGAGAAAUGAGAAGGCUGAACAAAUCGAUAAACAGAAUAGGACAGGCAAUGAGGAACCUUUCAUUGGACAAAACAUAAUUAGUUAUUUUAAAAACAUCUUGAACGAUUUUAAUAACGAUUUAAAAGAGGAUAGUAAUGCUCCUGAGAAUGGAAAAUUAACAGGCCAGGUGUCGGAAGAGGAUCCCACGAACAAGGAAGGAAUAAGUGAGGAAAAAGCACCAGAGGAGGAGGACGCGCAAAGUGGUGAGGAAGGCGGCGUUGCGGAAGGUGAACAAAACGAUGGAGGGGCAGAGUCCACCCUUCCAGUGCAAGGAGAGGAGUACGACGAAUCCAGCCUAAAUUAUGCAGAUGAUUUGUAUGAAGAUAUCCUAAGUAGCUUAAGUAAAAAGGGCGGUGAAGAAGGAACCAAUUAUGAUGACAAAUAUAAUGAGUUCAAAAAGGAAUACGAUAGGUUCAUAUCGUUAAGUAAAGACGAAUAUGAAAUUAUAGGCAAGCUCAUCGAUGCAUUUUCUAUGUACAACGAUGCUAUUAGUGAAGACACAGAUUCUGUGUACCAAGCAAUUAAGAAAUCCUUUACGGAUAAAAAGUUUAAGCAAGAAUUUAAGGAUUUCAUGAACGGCAUUUAUACCUAUACUCAGAAGAAGCAUAAUAUAAGAGGUUCCCAAACGGAAGAUAUCAAGAAGUACCUCAUGCUGUUUCAGAACAUAAUCAAUUACCUCAACAUGAUAUAA